AGUCUCUCCCAAAAAAAAAAAAAAAAAAAAAAAUCGUAUUCGUAUUCGUAUUCGUAUAAACAACCUAAGAAACACCAUCCUCUUGUUUCAACAACUUAACAAAUUGUUUGGUUGGGUUCGGCCUCAAAAAGUCGGAGAAACCGAGGCUUGCAUUUGCCAGUCUCAGUAGGGAUAUGGGGGAUUCGUUAUUCUGAAUCGAAUCCAUGCCUGAGAUCGAGGUCGUCUCCGACGCCGCCUCAGAAGCCUCCUCGGAGGAGGGCGGCGGCGCCUUGUUCGGGAAAUAUGAGCUGGGGAAGCUCCUCGGCCGCGGCGCCUUUGCCAAGGUCUACCACGCGCGGGACGUCAGCAACGGGCGGAGCGUGGCGAUCAAGGCGGUGAGCAAGCAGAAGGUGCUCAAGGGCGGCUUCACGGCGAACGUGAAGCGCGAGAUCUCGAUCAUGCGGCGGCUGCAGCACCCGCACAUCGUGAAGCUCUACGAGGUGUUGGCGACGAAAACCAAGAUCUAUUUCAUCAUGGAGUUCGCGAAAGGCGGCGAGUUGUUCGGGAAGAUAUCCAAGGGGAGGUUCAGCGAGGAUCUCAGCCGCCGGUACUUCCAGCAGCUGAUCUCCGCCGUCGGAUACUGCCACUCCCACGGCGUCUUCCACCGCGAUUUAAAGCCGGAGAAUUUGCUGUUGGAUGAGAAUUGGAAUUUGAAGGUCUCGGAUUUCGGACUCUCCGCCGUGACGGAGCAGAUCCGACCCGACGGGCUUCUCCACACUCUCUGCGGCACCCCCGCCUACGUGGCGCCGGAGAUUCUCGAAAAGAAAGGCUACGACGGCGCCAAGGUGGACAUAUGGUCGUGCGGCAUCAUACUCUUUGUUCUCAACGCCGGUUACUUGCCGUUCAACGACCCCAAUCUGAUGGUAAUGUACCGGAAAAUUUACAAAGGAGAGUUUCGCUUUCCGAGGUGGACGUCGCCUGACCUGAAACGCUUGAUUACGCGCCUGCUGGACACGAACGUCGAGACGAGGAUCACCGUCGACGAGAUUAUCAAGGAUCCUUGGUUCAGUGUGGGUUACGAGGACGUGAAGUUUCACCUGGAGGACUUUAACAUGAAAGAGUGGAGAGACGAGGACAGCGACACGCCGUUGAACGCCUUCGACCUGAUUUCAUUCUCCUCCGGCUUCGACAUCUCGGGGCUGUUCCGGAAGCCGGAAAUCUCCGACUGCGGGGAGCGGUUCGUGUCGGCGGAGACGCCGGAGAGGAUCAUCCAGAAGGUGGAGGAGGUGGCACUAGCGGAGGGCAUGACGGUGAUGGAGAAGAAGAGCUGGGGGGCAAAGCUGGCGGGGCAGAAUGGUAAUUUGAUCGUCGCCAUUGGGAUUUACCGGUUAACGGAGAAGCUGGUGGUGGUGGAGUUGAACAAGCGGGAAAGAAUAGCGGAGAAUUGCCAGCAGCAAAUGUGGAAAGACAAGCUGAGGCCGCAGCUGUCGUGUCUGAUAUACAAACCGGAAGAACAAGUCUCCGGUGAAUAACAGAAAAGCUCAAUCAUGGAGUUUUGGGUAAUAAUAUUACAAUAUGGGGCUGUACGUUGUCCGGAGAAACUGAACGGAAGAAAAUCCAUUAUCACUGAACGGAAGAACAUUCAUUAUCAUUGACCGGGUUCUUUGUACUCGUUUUUGUCCCGGAUUUUGACAAAAUGAGUGGAAAAGGAAAGUUUCUCAAAAUCUGUACAUAUAUUUUUAUUGUCACCAUCGUUAUUCUCUCA